UUUCAGACAGCGGGGUGGACUCGAGGAACUGGUGGAAGCUGGACUGCGCACAUGAUCAAAAAGAUGGAAAUGGCAUGAGGCACGUGCUGCACACGUGCAGUCUGGCUGACUACUGCUAAUGAAAACUCCAAUCUGCGGCACUGGGAAGACCCAACACCAACAGUGGAGCACCCAUGGGAUUAUUAGAGAAGUGGAUUUUGAGAUUUCAGAUCAGGUCACAAACCAUUCCAGCAUUCUUUCAUUUUAUCAAACUCUUAACUUCCUAGUUGGAUAUCUAGAACCGCAAAGCUGCUGUCCACGUGGACCGGUGCUGAAAUUUCUCAUCCACCUGCCAGAGCCUCUCCAGUUAAACCCAGAAACAUGGCAACGAAUGGAACAAAAGUUGCAGAUGGACAAAUCUCCACUGAACUUAGUGAUGCUUCAAUUACCAAUGACAAGCCUAAGACCUUAGUAGUAAAAGUACAGAAGAAGAAAACCGAUCUUCCAGACCGAGAUACCUGGAAAGGACGAUUUGACUUUCUUAUGUCCUGUGUGGGUUAUGCUAUUGGCUUGGGGAAUGUAUGGCGAUUUCCAUAUCUUUGUGGCAAGAAUGGUGGAGGAGCAUUCCUGAUUCCAUAUUUUCUCACUUUAAUUUUUGCUGGAGUUCCACUAUUUCUUUUGGAAUGUUCUCUUGGUCAGUUCACAUCUAUAGGAGGCCUCGGAGUCUGGAAGCUUGCACCAAUGUUUAAAGGAGUGGGGUUAGCAGCUGCUGUCCUGUCCUUUUGGCUAAAUAUUUACUACAUUGUGAUUAUUUCUUGGGCCAUAUAUUACCUAUAUAGUUCAUUUACCACUACUCUUCCUUGGAGACACUGUGGAAAUUCAUGGAACACGGAACACUGUUUCUCCAAUUACAGUAUAGCAAAUACCACCAACAUGACAAGUGCUGUGGUCGAAUUUUGGGAACGCAACAUGCAUCAAAUGACAGAUGGGCUGGAAAAGUCAGGGCAGAUCCGAUGGCCAUUAGCGAUUACCCUGGCAAUUGCCUGGAUUUUAGUGUAUUUUUGCAUCUGGAAGGGGGUAGGCUGGACAGGAAAGGUGGUAUACUUCUCCGCUACUUAUCCAUAUGUCAUGCUAAUUAUCCUGUUCUUCCGUGGAGUGACACUACCUGGAGCAAAGGAAGGCAUUUUAUUCUAUAUCACUCCUAACUUCAGUAAGCUUUCUGAUUCUGAGGUCUGGCUGGAUGCUGCUACGCAAAUUUUUUUCUCGUAUGGUUUGGGUCUUGGUUCACUGAUAGCUCUUGGAAGCUACAACCCUUUCCACAACAACGUUUACAGGGAUUCCAUCAUAGUGUGUUGUAUAAAUUCAUGCACAAGUAUGUUUGCUGGCUUUGUCAUCUUUUCCAUUGUUGGAUUCAUGGCUAAUGUCACAAAGAGGCCUAUUGCAGAUGUUGCAGCAUCAGGUCCUGGACUGGCAUUUUUAGCUUAUCCAGAAGCUGUAACACAGUUACCUGUCUCUCCAUUGUGGGCAAUUCUGUUCUUCUCCAUGUUGCUUAUGCUUGGAAUUGACAGCCAGUUCUGUACUGUGGAAGGAUUCAUAACAGCUUUGGUGGACGAAUUUCCAAAAUUAUUACGCAAUCGAAGAGAAAUCUUCAUUGCUGUUGUGUGCGUUGUUUCCUAUCUGAUAGGACUGUCCAAUAUUACUCAGGGUGGAAUUUAUGUGUUCAAGCUGUUUGACUACUACUCUGCAAGCGGAAUGAGCCUGUUAUUUCUUGUAUUCUUUGAGUGUAUCUCUAUAUCGUGGUGCUAUGGUGUGAACAGAUUUUAUGACAACAUCCAGGAGAUGGUGGGAUACAGACCUUGCAUUUGGUGGAAACUUUGCUGGUCUUUCUUUACUCCUAUCAUUGUGGCAGGAGUGUUUAUCUUCAGUGCUGUGCAGAUGACUCCUCUCACUAUGGGCAAUUAUGUUUUCCCAAAAUGGGGCCAAGGGGUUGGCUGGUUCAUGGCGCUCUCUUCUAUGGUGCUGAUUCCAGGCUACAUGGCAUAUAUGUUUCUUACCUUAAAAGGCUCCUUAAAACAGCGCAUCCAAGUAAUGAUUCAGCCAAGUGAAGACAUUACUCAUCCUGAAAAUUGUCCGGACCAAGCCCAGCAAAGCAACUCCGCAAACAAAGAAGCAUAUAUCUAAAUUUCUGUAUUGGAGAGGUACAAAUGGUACUCUGGAAAAACAAAACAAAAAAAUGGUUGCAUAUGACCACAAAUUUAUGUCUGAGAAUAUAAUUACCUACCUCUAGUGGCAAAAAAACACAACCCAUCACCCCUGUUAGGGAAUUGUUGGGGGGUACGAUCAAAUCAUGUGGGGGGACUCAGAUGUUGACAAUGUUAUGUUUUCUGGCAAUCCACAGACUGUUAAUGUUUUUAUCCUUUCACAAUAAGAGUUAACUAUCUUGGAAUUUGUAAACUAAGGUGCAGGACAUUUUUAAUCUAUCUUUUAGCAUAACAAUUUGAUGUUUUGUGCUGAUGAUUUCUAGUAGUUUAAUGAUAUAUUUCUUACAGCUGAAUCCCAAGACUGUUAUUUCUGACUUUGCAGGAUGUGCGAUUAAAUUUGAAAGCUGUUUUUUACAGGCAAAAUAUUUUGUAAACAGAUGAUUUCCAGUGAAAAGUUUGCCCUUGAAAUUCGUAUUAGUAAACACUAUUCUUUUUUAUUCUUUUCAUUAUUUUUCCAACAUCUUAAGUUUAGCUAUAUUUAUAAACCUUUCCUGGUAUAGGUUCAGUUUGAUUCAUAUUUAUAGAAAUACAGUUUAAACAAUUUCUUGCAUACUGGCUUAAAUACAUUAUUUACACUUAGGCUUGCCGCACUUACUUCCACAAACUAAUAAUAUGGUCUUAUAGUGAAAUAUACUGAAUCAUUGUAUGUCUAUUUUUAGAUACACACUGUAGAAGCAUAAUAUUUCAUUCAAUUUUUUUAGCAAAAUACAUAGUACAGUAAUAUGAAACUAUUAUAAGUUCUUCCUAAGCUUCCCAAGUUAAAGCAGCAGAAAUUAUUUGUAGCCAAAUACAGAUAGGCUGUGUCUACAUUGGCAUUCCUUUCCAGAAAAGGGAUGCUAAUGAGACACUUCAGAACUGCAAAUUCGCGGCAUUU